CCCCUAGUUAUCACUCUCUCUUUCCCACACAUAUACUCACUCUACUAAAUUACUUUUAUCUAAUCUCCAUUGAUUCAUUUCUCAAACACAAACUUUCAUCUUCUUAUUAUCUCUCUUGAAUCUUCAUAUCUCUAUCUUUCUUCCAUCAAAAUGGAUACCCUAGUGAAGUUAUUUCCAAUAACUUGUAAAAAAGCAAUUUUUUUUGCCAUAUUUCUUGGUUUCAUUUUAACUAAUCCAUUAAAGGGAGCAAAAACCUCUGCUUCCUCUUCCUCUGAUCAACAUGAUUUCACAUACUUCAAAUCCAUUACUUUAUUAAAAAAUCCCAAUAAUAUGGUCCUUCAAAACCAAACAAGAACAUCAAAACUCAAACUUUUUACCUCCUCGGACUGCUCAAUUUGGACAAAAGAAUGCUCAAAUGAAAUUCUGAAAAUUGCCCAGAAGAAAGAGCAUGUGAAAUGGAUAAAAUCAGUGAGGAGAAAAAUACAUGAAUACCCUGAACUUGCUUUUGAAGAAUAUGAAACUAGUGAACUGGUUCGUCAAGAACUUGAGAAAAUGGAGAUUCCUUAUCAGUUUCCGUUAGCUACUACCGGAAUUCGAGCCAUGAUCGGCUCCGGCCAGCCGCCGUUUGUUGCUCUCAGAGCUGAUAUGGAUGCCCUUCCAAUUCAGGAAGCUGUUGAAUGGGAGCACAAGAGCAAAAUUGCGGGCAAAAUGCACGCUUGUGGUCACGACGCUCAUGUGGCUAUGCUCAUAGGUGCAGCCAAGAUUUUAAAGGCUCGUGAGAAGAACUUAAAGGGGACAGUGAUUCUAAUAUUUCAGCCAGCAGAGGAAGCAGGGAAUGGAGCAAAAAGGAUGAUAAAAAAUGGAGCUUUAGAAAAUGUAGAGGCUAUAUUUGCUGUUCAUGUUUCACAUCAGCAUCCAACUGGUGUAAUUGGUUCAAGACCUGGGCCUCUUCUUGCUGGAUGUGGCUUUUUUAGAGCUGUCAUUAGUGGUAAGACAGGCCAAGCAAGCAAUCCCCACCACUCUAUUGACCCUGUACUUGCUGCUUCUGCUGCUGUUAUCAGCUUGCAAAGUAUUGUUUCUCGCGAAUCCAAUCCCUUGGAUUCUCAGGUGGUGUCGGUGACAUCGUUCAAUGCCGGAGAUAAGUUUGAUGUGAUACCAGAAGCAGUUACUCUCAGUGGUACUUUCAGGGCUUUCUCCAGCACCAACUUUUAUCAGCUUCUUAGAAGAAUAAGAGAGGUAUUCACAGAACAAGCUAGUGUGUUCAGAUGCAGUGCAACAGUGGAGUUUUUCGAAGACAAGGACACAAUCUAUCCUCCGACAGUGAACGACGACAGAAUGUACGAACAUGUGAAGAAGGUCGCCGGUGAUUUGGUUGGUCCGACGAACUUUAAGGUAGUUCCACCGAUGAUGGGAGCCGAGGACUUCUCCUUCUACUCUGAACUGAUACCUGCAGCAUUCUUCUAUAUAGGGAUAAGGAAUGAGACAUUAGGAUCAUAUCACACAGGACACUCUCCUCAUUUCAUGAUUGAUGAAGAUGUAUUGCCUAUUGGUGCAGCAACUCAUGCUGCAAUUGCGGAAAGAUACCUUUAUGAGUAUGGAUCUUGAUAGUUAAACUUCAUUUUGAAGUGAAAUAGGAAUUUUGUUUUAUGCAAUUCUUCUUUUUUUUCACCUUUUUUUUCUUCGACUUCUACCUAGCAUGCCAACCUAUGUUAUGAUUAACUACUAAGAGUCCCAUCGAGAAUGGUUGUACUAUUUUUUUUCUUAAAUGUUUUUUCAUGAGGUUGGUCACAUGAAUUAUGGAGAAAAGAAGAUAUAUGAUAUUAUAAAGUUCUUUUGCUAGAA